AUGCAGCUCUUUCCGGUCAUCCUACCGACACUCUGCGUCUUCUUCCUCCACCUCCUCCUGCUAAGAGGCGGCUCUGCCUCCGGUCGCAAUGUGGCAGUCCCUCAUUGGCUUCCCGCGACCGCCACCUGGUACGGAAGUCCCGAGGGCGACGGAAGCAGCGGAGGAGCGUGCGGGUACGGGACCUUGGUGGACGUGAAGCCGUUUAGGGCUCGUGUUGGUGCGGUGAGUCCGGUGCUGUUCAAGGGCGGAGAAGGGUGCGGUGCAUGCUACAAGGUGAGGUGCCUAGACAAGAGCAUAUGCUCAAAGAGAGCAGUCACCAUCAUUGUGACCGACCAGUCACCGACUCUGUCUGCUCGAGCUGACCACACUCACUUCGACCUCAGUGGCGCGGCCUUCGGACAUUUGGCUAUCCCCGGGCAUUCUAACAUCAUGCGCAACCGUGGCCUUAUCUCCCUCCUCUACCUCCGGACGGCAUGCAAGUACAAAGGGAAGAACAUAGCCUUCCAUGUGAACGCAGGAUCAACUGAUUAUUGGAUCUCUCUUCUCAUUGAGUAUGAAGAUGGAGAAGGAGACAUUGGCUCUAUGCACAUUCGUCAGGCCGGGUCUCAGGAGUGGUUAGCCAUGAAGCACAUUUGGGGAGCAAACUGGUGCAUCGUCCAAGGACCACUCAAGGGACCAUUCUCCAUCAAGCUCACCACUUUGUCCAACAACAGAACGCUCUCCGCCAGAGACGUCCUCCCCAAGAACUGGGUUCCUAAAGCAACUUACACCUCUCGCCUCAACUUCUCCCCUGUCCUCUAA